AUUUUCCGUUACAUUUACUUUAUUCACAAAACUGUUUUGCAAGGAGAAUCACAUUAGUUUUAAGUGCAAACAAUGAUAAGCAAGCUGCUAUUAUUUCUUUGUUUCGGUGUAUUAAAAUCAUUUAGUGUAUCGCAUACGGAAUCCACGAGCAAACGAAAUGAUACAGUGUCAAAUGAAGUACAAAGUGAACGGAGCAGUUUGGCUUUUGUGUUCGACACUACCGGAUCUAUGCACAACGAUUUGACACAGUUAAGGGAGGGGGCGGAAAUGAUCCUGAACACCGCUUUGGACGAAAGCAACAUCAUUGAUAACUUCGUAUUUGUGCCAUUCCACGACCCUGGAGUGGGGCCUCCGACGGUUACAAAGAGCAAAGACGUUUUUAAGACAGCUCUGAACGUGGUCAAUGUGUACGGCGGCGGGGACUGCCCCGAAAACUCAUUGGGUGGUAUUAUGAUGGCACUCACGGUUAGCCAUCCGAGGUCCUUUCUUUAUGUGAUGACUGAUGCCACAGCCGCCGACCAUAGACUCGUCGGGAAAGUACUCGAUUUAGUUCAGCGGAAACAAAGUCAGGUAGUUUUUGUGUUGACCGGCCAUUGCGAUGACCUUCACAAACCCACGUACCAGGUGUACCAGCAGAUAGCAGCUGCCAGCUCCGGACAAGUCUUCAAUCUGAACAAAACAAGCGUUCACGAGGUACUAAAUUUCGUGAAGAGUUCAUUGAAAGGCAAUACCGUAAAUCUAGUUUCUGCGGUCAAAACGGCGGGACAUAACUACACUAAAGUGAUUCCAGUGGACAAAUCAGUUGGAGAAGUAACGGUAUCGGUGUCUGGUGUCAAGCCUCAUAUCAAGGUGGUCAAUCCGAACGAUGAAGAAUUGACUGGACCACCCAAACUCGUGAAAAUACUAGAUCUGUCGGAGAUCAUGGUGGUGAAAGUUUUAGAUCCAGAACCAGGUACUUGGAGCAUAUCAGUGGGCAGCGAGAAGGACUACUCCGUUAAAGUAGUUGGCCUCUCCAAUCUCACUUUCAACUACGGCUUCUCGUUGCAAAGACCGACUUCUAUGGCUGAGACCGGUUACAGACCAUUGAAAAGGACCUACAACCACAUGAUGCUAUCGCUGUCAGAAACAGAUGUUCCUAUAUAUUUAGAGUACGCCGAGAUCGUCGAUUUGGAAGGAAGGACUUUGUUUGAAGUGCCAUUGAAAUCGGAUACAGAGAAUAACUUGUACUGGGCUGAUGCAUUUGUACCGCCAGACGACUUCUUUUAUAUCGCUAUAAACGGACGCGAUGAAAACGGGCAAGAAUUUCGAAGAGUUGGCACAACGGCUGUACAAGCGAGAUUACCAGAAGUACCAUAUUUAACCGCACCCCGUAAGGUGGUAGCCCGCGCGCAUUCCAGAGUAGUUCUAACGUGUAAAGUGGAGAGCAUGGUUCCCGUUACGGCUCGGUGGACGAAGAAACCGAACCAAAAGUUUCCGGAGGUAUCUAGUUUACACACGACCACGAUUGAGCACGUGAUCGAAGACAUGAAGGAGGAAAACGUGGGAACCUACACGUGUAAUGCUGACAACGUUGCCGGCGUCAGUAGAAUAUUAGUCCGGGUGGUUCUUCUUGUGGACCCACCGGAGGUAUUGAUCGAACCAAAAAACAGAACUUUGGAAAUCGGAGAUGACCUCAACGUAACAUGCACGGCGAUCAGUGAGGCCUUGCUGCUGAAACAUCGACUUAUCUUCAAAGGGAAGGACUUUGAAAACUCGACGGAUAUUCAUUUGGAGCCAAACAUGGAAGGCUAUUACGCUGCCAAUAUAAUCAUACGAAACGUGACAGAGAAGUAUGCUGGAAACUACACCUGUCUAGCCAGUAAUAGAGGUGGCGAAGCAAAUCAAACAACGUACAUAAAAAUCAAUGCAAAACCAAAAUCCCGAAUAUUAGGUCCGCACACGCUGUCCCCACAACUGAACACUGAUGUGCAGCUCGUGUGUCAUGUCGACAACGCGGAGUCCGUGCAGUGGCUGGCUCCCAACGGGACUGCGGUGAGGGAGCGGUCCGUAGACCACAGCUCUGAUGAUGUUCUCGACGUGAGGAGUGUUAGUGAAGACGGUCAGUGGACGUGUGUGGCCCGUCGAGGAUACCUUAAUGUGUCAGAUUCGGUGUCAAUAAGCGUUCAAAUUAAACCGAGGGUGACUAUAAUUGGAUCCAAGAGCAUCACCAUAUUAAAUGGGACGGCCUAUGACGUCACUUGUGAAGUACUAGCCAAGCCUGCCCCUAGAGUUGUAUGGCACAGGGAGACAGAGAAGUUUCUGAACUGCAGCACGACACUGAUUGCGUCUAAUCUAUAUCGGAGCGUGCUGCGUCUGGACAGCAGCAAAGAGCCAGUGAACGGCACGUACUUCUGCUUCGGAGAGAACUCCGACGGUAUAUCCCAGGACAGCGUCGCCGUGCGCCUCCGGACACGGAUGCGUCUGCGCCACGGAUUCAGUAAUACGCAAUUACAAUUGUAUUCGCAAAUGGAUCUCCGAUGUGACGUGGCUUCGCUUCCGGCGCCCGUAACGAGAUGGUUCCACAACCGAACCGAGCUGCAGAACGACACCAACACGAUCAUCUCGAGCGACAACUCUUCUCUACAUAUCAACAGAAUGGAUUUCUCCAACUUCGGACGGUACACUUGUGUAGCCGACAAUGGAUAUGAAACAAUGUCAGUUGAUGGCACUAUGAGCGCAAUUAUAGUAGAUCCACCGCGAGUGUCGAUAGAGCCUGAAAACAAAACCAUUGACGCUGGAGAGGAUCUAAACGUGACAUGCACGGUGGUCAGCGAAGCGUCGUUUCUUAAACACCGACUUGUCUUCAAAGGGGACAACUUCGAAAACUCCUCCGAAAUACCCCCAGAACCGGGCACGGGAGGACGUCACUCUUUCAGUGUUAUCAUACACAACGUCACGGAGAAGUACACUGGGAACUAUACGUGCUCAGCAAUUAAUGCAGGAGGUGAAACGAACAAAACAACCUACAUCAAGAUAAACCCAAAACUGAAAUCCCAAAUAUUAGGUCCGCACGCGCUGUCCCCACAACUGAACACUGAUGUGCAGCUCGUGUGUCAUGUCGACAACGCGGAGUCCGUGCAGUGGCUGGCUCCCAACGGGACUGCGGUAAGGGAGCGGUCCGUGGACCACAGCUCUGAUGACGUUUUCGACGUGAGGAGCGUUAGUGAAGAUGGGCUGUGGACUUGUGUGGCCCGUCGAGGAAACCUUAAUGUGUCAGAUUCGGUGUCAAUAAGCGUUCAAAUUAAACCAAGGGUGACUAUAAUUGGAUCCAAGAACAUCACCAUAUUAAAUGGGACGACCUAUGACGUCACUUGUGAAGUACUAGCCAAGCCUCCUCCUAGAGUUCUAUGGCACAGGGAGACAGAGAAGUUUCUGAACUGCAGCACGUCACUGAUUGCGUCUAAUCUAUAUCGGAGCGUGCUGCGUCUGGACAGCAGCAAGGAGUCAGUGAACGGCACGUACUUCUGCUUCGGAGAGAACUCCGACGGUAUAUCCCAGGACAGUGUCGCCGUGCGCGUCCGGACACGGAUGCGUCUGCGCCACGGAUUCAAUAAUACGCAAUUACAAUUGUAUUCGCAAAUGGAUCUCCGAUGUGACGUGGAUUCCCUUCCGGCGCCCGUAACGAGAUGGUUCCACAACCGAACCGAGCUGCAGAACGACACCAACACGAUCAUCUCGAGCGACAACUCGUCUCUACAUAUCAACAGAAUGGAUUUCUCCAACUUCGGACGGUACACUUGUGUAGCCAACAAUGGAUAUGAAACAAUGUCAGUUGAUGGUACUAUGAGCGCAAUUAUAGUAGAUCCACCGCGAGUGUCGAUAGAGCCUGAAAACAAAACCAUUGACGCUGGAGAGGAUCUGAACGUGACAUGCACGGUGGUCAGCGAAGCGUCGUUUCUUAAACACCGACUGGUCUUCAAAGGGGACAACUUCGAAAACUCCUCCGAAAUACCCCCAGAACCGGAUACGGGAGGACGUCACUCUUUCAGUGUUAUCAUACGCAACGUCACGGAGAAGUACACUGGGAACUAUACGUGCUCAGCAAUUAAUGCAGGAGGUGAAACGAACAAAACAACCUACAUCAAGAUAAACCCAAAACUGAAAUCCCAAAUAUUAGGUCCGCACGCGCUGUUCCCACAACUGAACACUGAUGUGCAGCUCGUGUGUCAUGUCGACAACGCGGAGUCCGUGCAGUGGCUGGCUCCCAACGGGACUGCGGUAAGGGAGCGGUCCGUGGACCACAGCUCUGAUGAUGUUCUCGACGUGAGGAGCGUUAGUGAAGAUGGGCUGUGGACUUGUGUGGCCCGUCGAGGAAACCUUAAUGUGUCAGAUUCGGUGUCAAUAAGCGUUCAAAUUAAACCAAGGGUGACUAUAAUUGGAUUAAAGAACAUUACCAUAUUAAAUGGGACGACCUAUGACGUCACAUGUGAAGUACUAGCCAAGCCUCCUCCUAGAGUUCUAUGGCACCGGGAGACAGAUAAGUUUCUGAACUGCAGCACGUCACUGAUUGCGUCUAAUUUAUAUCGGAGCGUGCUGCGUCUGGACAGCAGCAAAGAGCCAGUGAACGGCACGUACUUCUGCUUCGGAGAGAACGCCGACGGUAUAUCCCAGGACAGCGUCGCCGUGCGCGUCCGGACACGGAUGCGUCUGCGCCACGGAUUCAAUAAUACGCAAUUACAAUUGUAUUCGCAAAUGGAUCUCCGAUGUGACGUGGAUUCGCUUCCGGCGCCCGUAAUGAGAUGGUUCCACAACCGAACCGAGCUGCAGAACGACACCAACACGAUCAUCUCGAGCGACAACUCGUCUCUACAUAUCAACAGAAUGGAUUUCUCCAACUUCGGACGGUACACUUGUGUAGCCGACAAUGGAUAUGAAACAAUGUCAGUUGAUGGCACUAUGAGCGCAAUUAUAGUAGAUCCUCCACGAGUGUCGAUACAGCCUGAAAACAAAACCAUUGACGCUGGAGAGGAUCUGAACGUGACAUGCACGGUGGUCAGCGAAGCGUCGUUUCUUAAACACCGACUGGUCUUCAAAGGGGACAACUUCGAAAACUCCUCCGAAAUACCCCCAGAACCGGACACGGGGGGACGUCACUCUUUCAGUGUUAUCAUACGCAACGUCACGGAGAAGUACACUGGGAACUAUACGUGCUCAGCAAUUAAUGCAGGAGGUGAAACGAACAAAACAACCUACAUCAAGAUAAACCCAAAACUGAAAUCCCAAAUAUUAGGUCCGCACGCGCUGUCCCCACAACUGAACACUGAUGUGCAGCUCGUGUGUCAUGUCGACAACGCGGAGUCCGUGCAGUGGCUGGCUCCCAACGGGACUGUGGUGAGGAAGCGGUCCAUGGACCACAGCUCUGAUGACGUUCUGGACGUGAGGAGUGUUAGUGAAGAUGGGCUGUGGACUUGUGUGGCCCGUCGAGGAAACCUUAAUGUGUCAGAUUCGGUGUUAAUAAACGUUCAAAUUAAACCGAGGGUGACUAUAAUUGGAUCCAAGAACAUUACCAUAGUAAACGGCUCGACCUAUGACGUCACUUGUGAAGUACUAGCCAAGCCUCCCCCUAGAGUUGUAUGGCACAGGGAGACAGAGAAGUUUCUAAACUGCAGCACGUCACUGAUGGUGUCUAAUCUAUAUCGGAGCGUGCUGCGUCUGGACAGCAGCAAAGAGCCAGUGAACGGCACGUACUUCUGCUUCGGAGAGAACUCCGACGGUAUAUCCCAAGACAGCGUCUCCGUGCGCGUCCGGACACGGAUGCGUCUGCGCCAUGGAUUCAAUGAUACGCAAUUACAAUUGUAUUCGCAAAUGGAUCUCCGAUGUGACGUGGAUUCGCUUCCGGCGCCCGUAACGAGAUGGUUCCACAACCGAACCGAGCUGCAGAACGACACCAACACGAUCAUCUCGAGCGACAACUCUUCUCUACAUAUCAACAGAAUGGAUUUCUCCAACUUCGGACGGUACACUUGUGUAGCCGACAAUGGAUAUGAAACAAUGUCAGUUGAUGCUACAGUAACGGUCACUGGGUUAGAAUUUCCCGUAAUAUCGAAAAGGAUCAAGAGCCAGGCUGUCCGUAAAGGAAAUUCAACAGAUAUCACAUGUAGUGUCUUAAAAGGAAGUCCGGUUCCAACUAUAACGUGGAUGUACAAAAACGAUACUACGAAUGGAUUCGUCAACUUGCCCACGGACGGUAUCGAUCGGGGAAAUUUAAGUAUUUCAAAUGUCACGUUGGAACAUUCUGGCAUCUAUAGAUGUGUCGCUGAAAACGUUAUAGGACAAGAUACGCACAAAAUCGAAUUGGUGGUUCAGUAUGCUCCUCAAUUGGCUCCACUGAUAGGUGAGGUAGGAGACGGGCCACGCGUAGUAGAAGUCGGUAAACGAGUUGUGUUCUCGUGUAACGUAACUGGCUUCCCUCCGCCGGUCGUAGUGUGGACGAGAAAUGGACUACCCGUUGUUUAUUCGAAAAAUGUCCAUUUAAAUGAAUCCCAAGCUUUGAUAAUAGAAAAUGCGACAGACCACGAAGCCGGCUCGUACAUUUGCAAUGCGACCAGCGCGCUGGGAUCGACUCACAGAAAUUUCACGCUCAAAGUUUAUGUGAGUCCAAAGAUCUUACCGAUAAAUUCGGAACCUAUACAGCAAUUCUUAGAAGGCCAACUGGUAGAGUUGCCGUGUAAAUCAAAGGGCCUGCCGGUGCCGCGGGUGGAGUGGACCCACAACGGAGACACGAUACUUGAUGAUAAAAGACACAUCGACGAAGAUGGACUUAGGUUCGUGGCGAAUAUAACGGACUUCGGGAAUUACACGUGUGUUGCCAGGAAUGAAUAUGGAAGCGAUUCGAUAUCGUAUUCUUUGUUUAUUUGGGUGACACCGAGAAUAGAGCCUCCGCUUGAGACGAUGAAACAAGUACUGUCAGGUGACAAUGUGACGUUACAGUGUGACGUCAUGGGCUUCCCCAUCCCUAAUGUAAUAUGGGAGUAUGAAGGGAAAUCUCUCACUGAAAAUACAACAACGUUAAGUUUCAAUGACUACGGUAAUCUGUACAUAGUGAACGCUAGUGUCCAAACAGAAGGAGUUUACAGUUGCAUCGCUGGUAACAUCGCCGGUGUUGCCGUGAAGACGAUUUUCCUUAGCGUUAAUGCACCACCGAAAAUUCUAGAAGAUAAUUAUACCGGCUCGUAUGUGGCCACCGAUAUGGAUCAUUCAUUGACAAUAUAUUGUUCCGCAACCGGCAAACCUAAGCCGUAUGUCCUUUGGUCUAAGGACGAGUUUUAUUUGAAUCACGAUCCUCGUUACGACGUGGACUUCAAUGGUAGGCUAACGAUACAGUCGCCCGCCGAGGAGCUAAGCGGAAACUACACUUGCGAAGCCAGAAACAAGUUCGGGUAUACGAACAAGACAGUCGAAGUAAACAUUUAUUCCGUGCCGAAACAAGUACAAUCAGCCGAAAGCUAUGCGAAGGUGACAGCACUCGAAGGAACCGACAUUGUCAUCGCGUGUCCCAUCCGAGCUACAAACGUGCGAUCAAUAUCAUGGUACAAGGAAGCAAAAUUAAUAUCAAAAGGUGAUCUUCAGCUAAAAAACGUUUCGCGAAAUGACACGUCCGUGUACGCGUGCGUCGCGACGAACACUGCGGGCAGCGCGCACGCGUCCGUAGCGCUCGACGUGCAAUGGCCGCCCGCGUUCGUGACGAGGGUAGACGGAAAUAUUGAGGUCAUCAAAGGAGAGGACGCGUGGUUCAGCUGUGCAGUCGACGCUAAACCUUUGGCUAAGAUAAAAUGGUUAUUCAAUUCUAAGCCAUUGAUCUUCGAGGAUAAGGAUGUUUUUAAAGUAUUAAACGCACAACAAAGAAACGCGGGCGUUUAUAAAUGUGUUGUUAGCAACAUUCAUGGAACUAUAAUCAAGGCGUUCAAAUUGUCCGUCCUGGAGCCUCCAUACCUAAUGGAGUUUGACUUUUUGGAUGUAUUGCUGAAGGAAGGGAGUAAUGCUACACUUGAGUGUGUGGCUAAAGGAGUUCCCGCACCGACUGUCCAAUGGAUCUACAACAACACUCAGUGGGUGGCAGACGGUCCAGCCAUAACCAGCACGAAUACAACAACGGAAGCGGAAGGCCUGUAUCGGUGCGAGGCUGCGAACAAAGCCGGAAGCGCGCACGUGGUCUACAGGGUGGUGGUGCUCGCGGCGCCGUCUGUGCUCCACGUCACGUCCUACAGCGACGGACGAGGGAGCACCGUCGACGAAGCCGUCGAAGUUAUUCUCAACAAACGUGCCAGAAUAUCGUGUAAAGCAAAAGGGAGACCGGAACCCAUCAUACAGUGGUUCAAGAACGGUCGCGUCGUUGGUCAAAAUCUACCUGGAAUUAGCAGCGCCGAUGUGGUACUGGAUAGCGUGCAGGCCUCACAUGCCGGGGCCUACACGUGUGUCGCCACUAAUGAAGGCGGUAGUGAUCAGAAGCGAAUCAGACUUGAGGUCUUAGAAAAACCAAACAUAUUCCGCACUAUUUUCCAAAGCGAAAACAUAACGAGUAACACGAUUAAAUUAGACGUGUUAGUGGGGCAAGCGUUUUAUAUCCACUGCCACCCGACGGGCAGCCCGCCGCCGGACAUCUACUGGUUCAAAGACGGGCUCCCGCUGAUGCUGUACGAUGACACUAUGGUCUCGACUGAAUUCAACGAGGUCUUAGUCUCGAAGGCCGCUCUGGAGGACCAGGCCGGGAACUAUACUUGCAUCGUGAGGAAUAAGGUUGGCAAUAACAGCGUCAAUUAUCUAGUCGACGUCUUAGUGCCUCCGCCAAUACAGAAAGAGAAAACGAAACGGGUGUCAGCUCGACUGGGAAUGUCUGUGGUAUUGACAUGUCCGGUGGAGGGCAGUCCCCUACCAGACGUGAUGUGGAUUAAACACCCUUACACCGAAAUAGCCGAGGGCUCUGAUAAAAUGUCGCUCUCUGAUGACAAUGUUACUCUGAUAAUAAACAACACUGACGUAUCGGAUACCGGGAAAUACUCGUGCGUUAUGACAAACAAGGUUGGCACCACUGAAGUUGUGUUCGACGUGAUCAUAUUGAAGGCGCCGUCCAUUGCCGCUAAUGUAGGAGGUAGCGCGAUAGAAAGACACGUUGUACCAUUGAAAAGGAGCGUUGUACUCAAAUGCGAAGCGGACGGUCACCCGACACCGAAAAUUACCUGGUUAAAGGACACGCAGCGUCUGAGCGAGAGUGCGUCGAACGUCGUGCGCGUCCUCGGCAACAGCUUGCUCUACGUCCGGGGCGGGUCCUCCCGCGACGCCGGCCACUACAUCUGCGUGGCGGAGAACGAGGCCGGCACCGCGCACCGGAGGUACAACCUCGCCGUGCAGGUUCCGGGCAAAUGGAGCGAUUGGUCUAAAUGGUCUUACUGCAACGUCACGUGCGGCCCUGGAUACCAGUUCCGGUCCAGAUCGUGUCACUACAUCGACGAAUACAACAACACCAUAGAUAAUACAACUCAGUCGGACACGGUCAUAGUUGACGAGAGCGCGUGCAAGGGAGAGAGUGGGGACAAACGAAAAUGCAGGAUGCCACAAUGUGAGGAUGAAGAGAGCCAUCCGAAGUGGUCAGUGUGGUCGCGCUGGUCGCAGUGCAGCUCGAGCUGCGGCUCCGGGACGCAGACCAGGACAAGACGGUGCCGGACCAAGGUCAAAUGUACCGGGGACAAUGUUCAAGUUAGGAAAUGUCCCGAUCUACCGAAAUGCGAUAAUACGGCGGAUACGACGAGUACUUCUGACAAUGACGUUUUGGACAGACAUUCACACCACAACGACGAUGAAGUGUAUACGCCGGAGGCAGUCUACGAAAUGGAACCAGAGAUAAUAAAAUCUAAAUAUUCGCCUAACGUUGAACAGUUCUACGUGGCGGCGGGAACACGAGCGACGACAGCCUACUAUGACGUCAACGUCACCAGCAACCUCGACCGAAGCGAGAGAGGCCGCUGCAACCCAGGGUACACGUACGAGCGGACCACGGACACGUGCCACGACAUAGACGAGUGCAAGAUCGACUACAAUGAAUGCCACGCGACCCAGUACUGCGUGAACACGGCGGGCGCCUACCGUUGCACGUGUCCCGCCGGCUACCUCGCACUGGGGCUCGGACAACGCUGUCUAGAUAUAAACGAGUGCGUCCAAGGUAUAGCUGGAUGCGAGUUCGCGUGCGUGAACACGGCCGGCGGCUACGUGUGCGCCUGCCCCAAGCACCUGCGGCUGCACAUCGACAAACACAGAUGCGUGCCCCCGCCUUCAUACAAUGACCCAUAUUCAUAGAGUUACUAUUCUAACUGGAGUGCUUACUUCGUUUGACAUAAAAACUAAAAAUAUACUUUAUCUCUAUGGCUUAAAGUUUAUUUUUAAAUAGCAAAAGAUGUAAGGAAAAACGGUCUGAAAAGAGAAUGAUUAUUAAGUGGUGGUGUCCCUCUCGCACAUUUUACAAACAAAAAGCAGUGUUGCUAGCUUAGAGGAUUUUCCAUAAAAUCUCGGAAUUUGGACCCCGUCUUCGUUAUCAAAAAUGGCUUUUAGUGGUUAGUGGAUUUUUUAGUAGCUUGGGUGUUGUUGAAAAUUAUCGAAAAGUUUAAAAUCAAUCCACUUUACAGGAUUUUAAACAUUUUAUGACAAUAAUAUAUCUAAAUACAUAUUAUUUAAACGAAGUGACUUAAACUUAACUAGAAAAUGUUGCGAGAAUUUAGAAUUUCCAUCAACGUCAAAAAUUAAAUUGGUUCAAAAUAAACGUACAAAGUUAUGGUGAAAUUAGUUUCUGAUGAUGACAAUUUAUUAAAAUAAAUUAUAUAAGAAGUAUUGAUUAUAUGAUAUAUAUUGAUUUUUAAUAGAACAUCAUAUAUUAAUAAAGCUUAUUAACAAAAAAAUUAUUGUUCUAUGUUAAUAAGAACUCUGUUUAAUGGAAAAUUUAAUGGUAGGUACGUAGAUUUCUGAUGGUUUUCAUGUUGAAUUUGGUGGGAAGCCAGAUUAAUUGUUGGCAUCACCGAAAAAGAGCUAUGAAUGGAUUAAAAGAAAAAUGGCGUCUAUUUACGUUUGUAGUGCGAAGUUAAAAUGGCACUGAUACAGCUUGUGGCUUGUUUUUUUUUCGAAAAUCGUGAAAGUUUCCGUGUAAUCAUGGUGAACACUUUUAAUGUAAGUGGUUUUAAGCGAGAAUCGUCUCCAGUUUGUGGAAUAUCCUUCCAUAUGUCAGAUUCAUUGAUAAAUUUUUACUAGUGUGAGCAUAUAUUUUUAAAAUGUGAGAUAUUUUUUCUCAUUAUAAUAUUUAAUACCAUUUGUCUUGUAAAUUGUACUUAAUCUAUGUCAUAUACUAAAUUUGAAAAAACAAUCGUGAAAACUAUAAUUUUGCAAUGUAUUUUUCAUAUUAUAAGAGCCAUCACGUGGUAUUUUUUGAACUUUUUUUAUUGUAUUGAAUAGCGUCGCACGGAAGCAUGUAUAUCAUUUGCCUGACGUUAAGCGAACGAGUAGGAUCUUCUAGUAAAUAUGACGUUGGAAUUUCUGGAAAAUGUCCUAUAUAAAGGUCAAACAAGAAGAAUCAAGUACUCAAACGCAAGAAAUAAAAAAUACCCCGAGAAAAGCAAAAUUACGACAAGAUGUUAAGGUAUUGAAACAAAAACUUAAAAGUCGCGAAAUAGUGAUUGUAAAUAUAAAGUCGAUUUUAGAUUUAUUAAAGAAAAAUGGCGAUUUUUAAUUGAAUUGAAAUUUAAAUUGCGAAAUUUUAAUGAUACUCAUGGUCCACUUAGAUAUUGAUUAAAAUAAAUUAUGUAUUUCGUUGAAAAAAAAGAAUUUACUUAAAAUAGAGGAAAUGUUAUAUUAUAAGACUACAGAAAAUUAACUGAACUUAAUAAUAAUAAUAUGUAUAACCAAUAUUUUGUAAAUAGAGAUCAAGUACUAUGUGUAUCGUGUUAUGUGUAUUGACUUGUCAUUUAAGAGUUAUUUAAUUGUCUACAUAUAACAAAUAAAUGAAUUUCAGUUCAUUUCAUUUUAUUACCCAUUGUGUUUUAUUUCCUAAAAUGUAACUAGUAGACUUAAUAUACACGUGUCAUUAAAAUAGCACAGAAGUAAAAAUACAAACAAUUUUAAAUCAAUUGAAGAUGUGAAUGUAGGAAAAGAGCACCCGAUACGCGCAGACCAUGUGUGUUGCAGUGUCUCACUCAGUAUGUCAAAUAUUAAUUUGCACGGCCCACUUAGCCAGUACAUUAAAGUAGGAAUUGCGUAAUUAAGUUCAACAUAAUAUAUUAUUUAAGUCGCGGUUGAGUAUUCGGACGUUAAACACGAGUUUGAGGAAGUUUAAGUAAUAGAACUGAGGUAAUGAUGUUUGUAAUAAAACUCAGUGCUAGAUUUUCGACAACGCAGCAAUUUCCAAAAAAAACCGUCGAAAAAAAGUCACCAUGACGACGAAGCAAUGUUUAGAAUUGAAUUUACAUAAAUAAAAGGUUGCAAGCACGUGUUUUGUAUUUACAUAGGGUUACACAGAAUUACUUAAGGUAAAUUCAAAACUUAUGCAUGUGUAUAAUUUUGUCCUAUAAUUAAAUUAUAUAUGGUCACCACAUUAGACAAGGACACCGCGACCAAAAAGUAUUCUCUUUCGAGACCGAUUUCUCGGCAUUAGACAGCACUCCAGUUGUAGGUACUUAUUAACUCCAUGCCCAUAUUAUACGGAUGAAAACGAAGACUACUAUAGCACGGCCACAGAUUAUCCUACAAGAUACGUAACGAGGAAGAGAAAUUAAUAAAAAAAUAUUACGUACA